CUGGUGGGCGUGGUCUUAUCAGAAAAUACAAAAUCACAGAUGUCUGGUAUAUGGUCCUCAGAACUGGCCUCGAGGUUACCUGGUACUCCUGUCAGACUUCAAAGUGGAGUGGGAGCCAUUUCUCCUGUUAAGGAAAUCAUACACGACCAGCCUAGAUCAGGGGGGACAGCCUCUGUGACUAAGAAAAGAAAUAAAACCACUUCUCCAUUAUGUAGUGAAAUGGAUCAGCAUCUAACAGAACUAGAUUUACUACUUGAACUUAAAAUGUUAUCAGAGGAUCCUGUCCCUGGUGUCUUCCUAUUACCAUCAACUAAAUCACUACUAGAAUGGCACGGUAUUUUAUUCCUACACAAUGGCCCUUGGAAAGGAGGUAUAUUCAGAUUCACACUGUACAUUCCUGAUGAGUUCCCUCAAAUGAGACCAAUGAUUAGAUUCAAGUCAAACGUGUACCAUCCUUACAUUCACACACAUAAUGGAGCAAUGAACAUGUUACAAGUCCUGCCAAACUGGAAAUCAAAGACACACCACAUCAAAGAUGUCAUCCUUGCGAUGAGAGGCUGCUUCUUUCGGGAUGAGUUUCUGUCAGCAUCAAGUAAAGAGGAGGGGAUUGCCAUCAAAGAGAAGAUCAGAUCUUGUGUGGAGGACUCCAACAAACAAUCACAACACAAUGGAGAUCCUGAAAAUGUUUUCAAUUUUACUGACAAUGAAACCAUGAUUACUAAAGCACGUCAGCUCCUUCAUGAAGGGGGACUACCUGAAGAAGACAAGGGGAACAGUACUGGUAUAUUGGACACUCUCUCUGCAACUGUCAGUCAGUUGUUUGACUUUGUGAUUGGACAAUGAUCAUGCUAUACAGUCACCACAUGAUAAUAAUAAUAGCUUUUAACUGGUUUUCAUAAUCAAACUCAAAUCUAUUUUAAA